AUGGUGCUUUUCCAUUGCUUCCAAGUGGAUCAGGGAGCGUCUACCAUGGGCGCGCAUCGCGACUGCGCUUUUGUCUCGGUGUUCGGCGCACUUCGCAACGAGAGCCGCUGCUCUGCUUUUAACUGCUCCGGUACGUGUCGUACGCGGCGAUGGCGACACCACUGUGCACAAAGGACAGCGAUUUCGCCCUGUUGGAUGCGCUUAGACUUCGAGGAGGAUCACGCGGAGGACGCCGACAUUGGGCCGCCAGAGCGGCGGCGCGCAUUCCGUCCGCGCCCGAAACAGAGGGACCCAAAGUCAACGCGCGACUUGAAGCACCCGCGUGUUCCUGAACGCCCCUCCGCUUCUGUGACUCCACUGCCUUCGGAGUCGUCCACCACAUCAAAGUCGGAGAAAAGAAAACCGCGCACAAGAGCUGCGCUCAAGACGCCUCCAGAAUCGAAACCUACAUCACCAGCGGUGCCGUUGCCGCAUGAACCCGCGCCAGCACCAACGCAACGGCGUUCAUCUGAUACUCAGGGGCGUCAUCCGCAGGGUCACUGGAGUCAAGGCACGGGGCCGCCGCCCAGCGACCCGCACCCGAGUAGCAUCGCACCAAGCAACGGGCUCGAAACCGCUCGACGAGAAUCGUCUGCGUCGGCUCCCGGUCUGGGGCGCGACGCAACCGCCGGCAGCCGCAGAGGUUCCGUUCCAGGAGCGAAGCCAACUGCCGACAAACGUCCAGACGCGUCCAGCUCUGGCCCCGGUUCCCGGAGUGCGGUUGGCCGACGCACGCCAGACCAGUCGAUGGCGCCUCAGGAGCUGAAAAAGCUCGCUAACACGUCGAGAAUGACGAGUCGAGGAGCGUAUCGACACCGGUAUCGAGGAAACCAGAUCCCGCGCUACUCGAGCGAGCCGCAGACCCUUUCUCCGCGCAUGCAAGAGCUUCUGCAGCGUCUGAAUUUCGAUGAAAGUCGUUUCCAGGAAGCCGAGAUUAUUGAUGAUUCAGAAGGCUUUGGGGCGGUUUCAUACACGAGCUGCUACACGCGCGUCAUCACAGAAACGCAGAACGAAACUUCGAAUGCGUCUGCAGCGCCCAAUACAGACUCGGCACCGAAGAAGAAUCGGAACAAAUGA